UCGUCGAAGCAAGUGAUGGCGACGAGCUCCAGUGGCGGUGGCAAUGGCGAUGGGGAUCGGCCAUGGCAAUCCUACCACACCGUAUACACCAACGCCAAAGCAGGCAUGGAUGGAGUUGACAAGGAGAGAGUGCAAAAGAUAGUGUAUGAAAUGAGCAAAGGUUCCAAAUAUUUUGAGAAUGAGAAACGUAAAGAGGCAACAAUAAAUCAGAAAAUAGAGGAUCUAAGGGCUCAAUGUGUAUUACUUACAGAUGAGCAAAUCUCCUUUUAUCAGACGGUUGCUGAUAAACGAAUUAUUGAUUUGGAGGCUUCGCGUGAUCUCUCAAAAACUUGGCUGCAUUCUGACAUGGAUGCUUUCUAUGCUGCUGUUGAGACUUUAGAAAAUCCAUCACUGAAAGGGAAACCAUUGGCUGUAGGUAGCAUGUCUAUGUUAUGUACUGCAAAUUAUGAGGCACGAAAAUUUGGGGUUCGUGCAGCAAUGCCUGGUUUUAUUGCACGCAAAUUAUGUCCUGACCUAAUUGUUGUACCUCCUAAUUUUCAGAAGUACACUUAUUACAGUGAAUUGACAAGAAAAGUUUUUUCUAACUAUGAUGCUGAUUUUAUUGCAACGAGCCUUGAUGAAGCAUAUGUUAAUAUAACUGAUAUCUGCAAUGACAAAAGUGUUAGCAGUGAACAAAUUGCUAGUGAACUCAGGAACACUAUUUAUGAGCAAACUGGUCUUACAUGUAGUGUUGGUGUGGCACCAAACCGCUUACUUGCCAAGGUAUGCUCAGAUAUUAACAAGCCCAAUGGGCAGUUUAUCUUACCGAAUGAUUAUAAAGCUAUCAUGACCUUCAUAUCAUCACUUCCAAUAAGAAAGGUGGGUGGUAUUGGUAAGGUGACUGAACAUUUACUAAGAGAUGUGCUUGGCAUCAAUACAUGUGAGCAGAUGCUGCAAAAGAGUGCUUACCUCUGUGCACUGUUUUCAGAACAUUCAACUGAUUUUUUCCUUUCAAUUGGACUUGGCUUAGGGGGCACUGAUACUCCUCAACAUAAGUUGCGCAAGAGUAUGAGCUGUGAGCGAACAUUUUCUGCAACUGAAGAUGAGUCAGCCCUUUUUCAGAAAUUGGCUGAUAUUGCUGAAGCACUAUCAAAUGAUAUGCAUGAAGAAGGCCUUUGUGGAAGAACACUGACAUUGAAGCUGAAGACUUCAUCUUUUGAGGUACGAACAAGAGCCACAUCUCUGCAAACUUAUAUCCAUUCAAAGGAAGACAUUCUAGCGCAUGCUUCAAAGUUGCUAAAGGCAGAGCUGCCUCUUUCUUUGAGGUUGAUGGGCUUGCGCAUGUCACAAUUUUAUGAUGUCAAACCUGGUCGUCAUGACCCGAUGCAGAAGACUCUGAAAAACUUUAUCAUCAAAGAUGCCUCUCAAAGCACUUCAUGCAGUUCAUAUAGUAGUGAUCAGCAUCUCAGGAAUGGUGCAAAUAUAGAUCCUUCAGCUGCCGAGGAAAGUUGUUUAUCGAAAUUUGAAAGUGGUCAUCUCAUGGCUGUGUGCGAACCUGAAGACUACCAACAAUCCAAUCAGAUUGCUCCUGUAAAAGUAUGCAGACCUGGCAAUGAUGCAAGUGGAAUAAAGGACAAUGCUGAUGAGUGUGUACCUCAGGUCCACGCAGAUAAUGAAGGGAGAAGCAAUCCAGAAGAAUCUCUAACCAAUCAAAAUGGGAAAAUGUUAUGGUGGAUAGAUGAUUACAUUUGUUCGGUUUGCGGGGCUGAACUACCCCAAUGUUUCAUAGAGGAACGACAGGAACACUCGGACUACCAUUUAGCAGAGAUGCUUCAGAAAGAGGAAUCCCUGAAUAACAGGAGAGGACUUCUACAGAGGGAAAGGCCUGUUGUUAGUUUGGUAGGCAAGAUCAGCCCAGUCGGAGAUGUUGCUCGGAAAAAGCAGAAAACCUCCAAAGGGAAGUUCAUACCCAUUGAUGCAUUUUUUAACAGAUAUAAGAAAGAUUGAUAAAUUACCAUUCUGUAAAUUAUGUUGCAUAGUUUAUAACUUUAUAUUAUGUGUAAAAAGUGUAUAUAGGGGUUGUUUUCUUUGAGGUAGAGUUGUAACAAGUGAAUUUGCAUGCAAGUAAUGUUCCUUUUUUAAUUUAAAUCGGUUUUAGAUUCAAGCUCUCCA